AUGCCACAGGAAGUGCUACAUGCUUCUGCACCGGCCUUUCACACACAGUACUCUUGUCCUCCACCAUCUUCCUCACUCAGCAGCAUCCAGGUGAGAAUGGAGUCCCAGUUCAGGCCUGGGUUCGAUGGAACCCAAGGCUACAAUGAAGGCUCGCCCCCGUCGACGAACUUACCGGGCUACAUCCUUCGCUUCCUCGCCGUCGUCUUCACCCUCAUCUCGACGGUCGUCAUGGGUGCUGCCAAGGAGAUCGUUACGCUUCUCAUUCGUGAUCCUCUCACCAACGAGACGACCACCCUCAUGGCGACGGUGAAGUCGACGUACUCCGCCGGAUAUGUGUACUUCGUAAUAGUCAACGCGGUGGUCUUUUUCUGCUCGGUGAUCGCGCUGGUGAUCUCGAUCGCGAAGAGAGCUGGGUCAGGCGGGACGCUGUUCGCACUCUCCGUGGCCGACCUGGUCAUGCUGGUUCUUCUCUUCUCAGGCAACGGCGCAGCGACGGCGAUCAGCGUGGUGGCCGAGAACGGGCAGGAAAACUUGGCCGGAUGGGACCGGAUCUGCGACACGGCCAGCAAGUUCUGCGCGCGCGUCAACGCCGCCAUCGCCAUGUCCAUGCUUGCGUCCGUAGCUUACCUACUGCUGGUCUUGCUGGGGAUGAUUGCUCUCAGGAGGAGGUCUUACUGAGCUCCGAAACCCAAGUAGCUUAGAUCACCGAUGCUUGUUCUACUGUUGGAUGUCGGCGAGAAGAGGUUGAACUAUGGAUUCUUGCGUGUGGCAAACAUUUACUGGAAAAUAUGGAUAUGUGACAGAAACUUAGAGACGAAAUAAUAAUUUAUUUUACUUUGCUAA